GUUGGGAAGCAGAGGCAAGCAGACAUCUGGUCUAGGCCAGCGUGACCAGAUAAAAAGAGUUCCGGCUCUUCUUUGCCUGCUUGCAAGCACAUCUGUUGGAACCUACUUCUACAGCAGAGCAGCGGAACCAACCAGGUUCGUGGGACCGAGCAACUACCGACUAGAUUCUUGGACUUUCCCUUCACAGCUGACCUUUCUUGCAGCAGUUGGACUACAGACUGUUUUAUCCGAACUCCCAACCCCACCCCCUGCCUGCAGUAAUGGGACGAAGGAAGUCCAAGCGAAAGCCGCCCCCCAAGAAGAUGACAGGCACCCUGGAGACCGAGUUCACCUGCCCUUUCUGCAACCAUGACAAGUCUUGUGAAGUGAAAAUGGACCGUGGUCGAAAGACUGGAAUCAUCUCCUGUACGGUGUGCCUAGAGGAAUUCCAGACCCUCAUCACACACCUGUCAGAACCAGUGGAUGUGUACAGCGAAUGGAUAGAUGCCUGUGAGGCAGCCAAUUAGUAGCGAUGUCAAGGACGGGCUCCUCCCCAGCCGCCAUCUGGCUACCAAUCCGGAAGUUCCAGGACUCCAGGGUAUAGGUCCAGGACUGGGACAGCCCGCCCUCAGUGUGGAUAGAGUGGGUGUGAAUGAGGAGUUGUGCACAACUGCAGAUGUGAUUGUAGCGAUGGAGGCGAGCGAUUGCACCAAGCCGCCCAUGGUGGCCUCACAGAACCCAACACCUCAAGUGCCUCUGAAAGCUUUGAGUUGCUCUGGUCUUCAGCCACGACCUUGCAUACAAGCUUGAGGUUCCUGUCUUCUCCAGUGACGGUUCCUGGCAUCCCAGGCAAGGAACAGCUGUGGGACUACAAGUCUCCUCAGACACCACACCAGCACCUUCCCCAGAAAA